AUGACAAAAGAAAUGUUAUAUUGUUCAAUCCCAAUAAUUGUCAAUGAACAUAACUUUCAGUUACUUCUAAGUAGUUAUGACAAAAAUUAUAUUUACAGUAGUUCGCUUAUUCAAACAAAUCAAAAAUGUUUAUUACAUGACUUUAUUCCAAAACAAAAUAGGUUUAUUAUUCGUUAUUAUAAAGAAAAAGAAUUUCCAAUUACAUUAUUAAUGAAGUUAAGUUCAUUUUCUUUUGGUUCAUUUAAUGGAUACUUUAAACGAAAAUGGUUUGAAACAAAUAAACUUAAAUGGUAUAAAUAUAAUCAAUUAGCUUAUAUUACUCCUCAUUUUAUUUCAAUACCUUUAUGUAAUCCAUCUUUCUCUCUUUCUCAAAUGAAAUGUCCUUUUUCUAUUUCUUUUCUUGUUUCUAAUCAAUUGGCGUGUGUUGCUUCAAAUAUUCAUUUUAUUUUAAUGGAAAAUAUGGAAGUGAUUGAAGAAAAGACAAUUAAAUAUGAUUUAAAUUCAUUUUAUUGUAAUUUUAUUACUUCUUUCAAUCAACUUCAUCAUCAAAGUUAUCUUAGAGUUGUUAUUGAUUUACUAAAUGAUACAGAAACAUAUAUAGACAGUGGCUGUUAUCUUUUUGAUGAACAAGGAUAUCUUCUAAAAGAAAAAUUAAUUGGUUUUACUAAAAGAGAAAUUAAUUCAAACAAAGAAAUGAAAGAUGAAAUGUCUUUACUCAGUUUUAUUCCUAAAACAAACAAUAAAAAUGAUUAUAAAGAUAAAGAAAAUUGGUUUCAAUUCAAAAUGACACUUCGUAUUGUUGACUAUAAUUUAUCUUAUUGUAACGAAACAAAAGUUUUUAAUAAAAAUGGAAUGAUUUAUGAAAAUGGUUAUUUACAUUCAUUUAACUCAUUUACUUCAAUAAAAAAUGUUAAAACUCUUCAAACAAUAUUUCUUCAUCAAACUUCAGAUAUUAAUGAAUCACAAAUUUAUUUCCAAACAGAAAAUAAUAUAAUUUCAUUAGAUAGUGUUUUAAAUUCAACUUUAUUUGGUAACUUAAAAGAAAUUAAUAAAGAAUUUAUUGAUACAUUAAAAUCUAUUCAAAUUGACACCCCAAUUGAUUAUACUUUUAUAAUUGAAGUAGUAAAAAGAAGAUUUUGGUUAUUAGAAAUUGAAGAUCUUGAGUUAUGUAGAAAUGUAUUAUUAUGUAUUAGAAUAUAUUGUGAUUAUGGAGAAAAUAUGUUAAGUAAUUGUUAUGAAUGGUUAUACGAUAGAGUUAUUUCUUCUCAAAUGCAUUUAACUUUAUUAGACCUUUUACUUUUUUCUACUUCUGGUUUUAUUGACUUUUCUAUUUCAUUAUUUCAUUAUUUAAAAGAACAAGAAAUCUUAUCAAAUCUUUCCUUAUUAGUACUUUUCUUAAUUUCAUUACAAGAAAAAAGUAUACAACUUUUACCAAAUUUAUUAACUUUAUUUUCUAAACCACAACAUUAUAUUUAUUUCUAUAAAAUGUUAUGGUUACUGUUAGAAAAAUUUGACCAUAAAAUUGCUUUUAUGGAUGAAUGGUUUUUUGCUUUUACAAAACAAUAUCAUAUGUGUUAUCCUGAUAAAAUUAUUCCUUCAAUACAAGGCGUAAUUGAUUUAAUUUCAUUAAUCUUAAAUAGUAAAGAAAAAGAUAAUCAUAUUGUUACUUAUCCUCUUCUUCAACCUUUCUCAUCAAUUCCUAUUUCUUCUAUUCAAUCAAAAAUCAUUAACACAUCAUUAGAACAUCCAAUUAUUAUCAUAUUUCUUCAUAUUGAUAAUUCAAAAUCAAUGUUAUUAUUUAAAUUUAAUAAAACUACUAUUGAAUCAAAUCUAAUGAUAUUCAUGAAAACUAUUUCUCAAUUAUGUUCUUCAUCAUAUCAAACUUAUCAAAUUUAUAACAUUUCAUCAGGUAAAUUUGUUGAAUUUAUUCCUGAUUGUAUUCCAUAUUCAUAUUGUAGAAAAGUAAUUCCACAAAUGAUUCAAAUUCCUUUUUUACUUCAAUUAGAUACUUCAAUUUUAUUGAGUAAUGAAUUAUUACAAUCAUUUCAAAAUUAUUAUGAGAAUUAUUGUCCUUCUUUAAAUUCAAUUCUUCAACCACAAUAUGUAAGAAAAAAAAAUUUCAUUGAAUCAUGUGCAUUAGUGCAAAUAUUUUGGUCUUUAUGUUUACUUCUUGAUCGUCACUUUAAAAAUGUAUUAUUUAAUCCAUUAACUGGAAACAUUUUUCAUAUCGACCUUACUUUUGCCAGAAGUUCUACAUCACAAUUUAUAUCUCCAAUUCAAUACUUUAUUUCUGAAGGUUUUGAACGACCACUUCAAAUACUAAAUUGGUUUAGUACAAUGAAAGAAAUAUCAAAACAAUAUGUCCAUAUUAUCUUUCAAAAUAAAAUAAAACUUUGUUCAUUAUUGACAUGUUUUAGACGUUCAAGUGCAUUACAAAUAGAUACUAUGAUUGAAAUUUUAUAUUUACCAACUGCUGAAAAAUUAAUAAAUGAAAAUAAACGUUUAAAUAUGUUACAAAAGGCAUCAAAAAAAGUGCUUAAAAAAUAUAGUAUUUCUACUUCUUAUAAAUAA